CAAUUACUCCCUUUUCCUUGUAACCCCGAAUUUGGAUAAAUGAAGCUACAUGAGGACUAAGCUAUCCCAGCUAGGAGCCCUGCUCUCUGUGCUGGUUGCUAUGAUGUGACUCUCUGUGAGCUGCUAGCACCCAUGAGAACAGUGACAGGUGCCCUAAGAAAUUGUAGUAGCAGAGUGUGGAAUUCAAAGCAAGACUCUUACCAGCCUGCUAAUGACAGUGGGGGAGCACAGAAGGAUAUCUGAAACUCAAGCUGAUCUCCUCAAAAAAAGCAAAAUACGAGCCCGCCUGACACAGCCAGCAGAGAGAAGCGGGAGAAAGGCUUUUGGAACCACAUGGAGGACAAGGAGCAGCGACCUGGGAGAAGUGAGCGUGCUGGGAAGCUGCCCCAAGCUGAGAAGAAGCUCCACGAGGCUGUUUGUGUGCUGCUGGUGGAGCUGUGCGAGAGGUUCACCUUCUUCGGCAUCGUGUGCAACAUGAUCCUCUUCUGCACCGCCAAGCUCGGCUACCGCAGCUACCAGGCAGCCAUGGUCAAUAUGUGCUUCGUGGGCACCUCCACGCUCACACCAGUGCUGGUGGGCUGGCUGGCAGAGUACCUGGUGGGGAGGAUCAAGCUGGUGUGCAUCUGCAUGUUCCUGCACUUCCUAGGCACAGCACUGUUACCUGUGGUGUCAUUUCCCUUUGAAGACAUUUACAUCGACAGACGCCACGUUCUUCUCACCCUACCCAAAAGGGAGCAGAAAAUCAUCUUCUACUUUGCACUCCUCACAGCCAGCCUGGGAAUAGGAGGCAUAAGAGCCAUUGUGUGUCCACUGAGUGCCUACAGCCUCGAGGAUUGUGGCCCAAAGGAGCUGCUUUCAUUUUUCAACUGGUUUCAUUGGUUGGUUAACUUGAAUUCAGCAGUGGUCUUUGUCAGCAUUUCAUACAUCCAGCAGUCUGUGGCCAGGAACCUUGGCUUUCUUAUCCCAUUUGUGUCUGGGCUUAUGGCUAUGAUCACAAUUCACAUGGUUCGGGGUGAAAUGAUUUACAAACCCAAAACAGCCCUCCAAAAUCUGCAUGUGAGGAAGGAUAUCCAUUCUCUGGAGACUCUGGACAGCUCCCUGCUGACGACUUUUGGGGUCAUUUUUAGCGCCCUGAAGACGUGCGGUGCGCGGUAUCGCUACUUGGGCACAGCCCUGGCCAGCUGGCUGGACCAUGCCAAGGAAAACCACGGUGGUCAGUACAGUGAGACCCAGGUGGAAGGCACCAAGUCACUCACCAGACUCUUCCCCUUGUUCACUUUCCAGAUCCUCUACAGAACGUGCAUUAUGCAGAUUCCUUCAGGAUAUUAUCUCCAAACCAUGAAUUCCAACUUGCACUUCAGUGGAUUUGUCUUGCCAGUUGCAGCAAUGAAUGUGAUCAGCAUCGUGCCCCUACUGAUUCUUGUUCCUGUUUUGGAGUGCAUUAACUCAUGGCUCUUUAGCUCCAAGGACACUGGACACUCUCCAACAAUUUACAUUGUUGUAGGUCACUUAUGUGCUGCACUUUCCGUGAUGGUUGCUGGCUUCUGUGAAAUGCACCGAAAGCACUUCCCUCAGGUGGAGCAGACUCUCUCUGAGGAGGUUCUCCUGGUCUCCUCCAUGCCCUGCUUCCACUUGGCUCCUCAGUACAUCCUGCUUGGAGUGGCUGAAGCCUUGGUAACCCCCUCCUGUUCCUUACUUUCAUUCCAGCUCGUGCCUGAAAGAAUGAGAGGGAUUUCCAUGCAUUUUUUAGCUCUCUUUAAUGGAGCUGGCUGCUUUAUGGGAGCUCUCUUUGUUCAGACAGCCCACACUGGCACUCAAGGCAACUGGUUCCCACACUUGCUGCAUGAAGGGAAAUUGGAGAGAUUCUUCUUCUUCUUGGCUUCCUUAAUGAUGGUGAACACCCUGGGGUUCUGGACCAUUGCACACAGAUACAACAAUCUGCAUGAGGAUUGCACCAAUGAAUUCAGAAGAAUUCUUCCUGGAGAAAAACUUUUGAAGCACGAAAAAGCCAUCAAGCAUUAUAAUGCUGUCCUGGAAAGUUCUCCCAUUUUGUCUCCUGUGGAGAAAACCUGAUAAAAUUUCACCCUCAUUUGACUAAAUUUUGAUUUUUUUUUUUAUCCACCAGCUGUCUAAUGAUAAAUUACCCAGUGCACUUAAGUGGAGUUAUGUCCUGGUAUCCAUGAAUUAUCUGAUGAAUAAUAAUGUUAUUUAUAAGUUGACAAAAUAGCAUUCUUCAUAGGAUUUGGCCUUGAAGGAGGCUGCACUGUCAUAAUUCACACUGAGGCCAAGGAGAGCUCACUGCUUGCCACAGCUGACGGAGAGAGGCUUUUAAUCUUAAUAUGGAAAUAGGUAUCCACAUAUAUUUGUACUUAGGAGUGAUCAAAAGUUAAUAAAACUGCAGACAUUUGCUUAGACAGU